AUGCAGGGCUUCAACAUGGGCAGGUACCUGCCACCGGACUGGGACCCUUCCAAGAUCAACUGGAACAAACAAGCCGGAAAAUCCCACGCCCUCGGAAACCGUGCCUCGAAACUAUCAUCCCAAGGAUCCCUAACCGUCCGGUUCGAAACUCCCUUCAACAUCUGGUGUUCUCACUGUAACAACCAUAUCGCCCAGGGCGUCCGAUUCAAUGCCGAAAAGAAGAAGAUUGGGAAUUACUAUACCACUCCGAUAUUCAGCUUUCGGGUGAAACAUAGCGUCUGUAAUGGAUGGAUUGAGAUUCAUACGGAUCCUAAGAAUACGACUUAUAAAGUAGUCGAAGGCGGGAAGAGGCAGAGUGAACCGGAACCGGAUCGGGAAGGGGUGAUCAAGAUCAGAGACCCCGAGGAGAUAGAUCGGUUGGAAAAUCCAUUUGCGAAAUUGGAACAAAAAGCGACGGAUAAUGCGGAAAAAUCACAACAUGCGAAGAGACUCGACGAGCUAUCCAGGUUAUCGGAUCGAAUGUGGGAGGACCCGUAUACGCAUUCGCAGAAGGUUAGGAAGAUAUUCAGACAGGAGAAAAAGGCGAGAAAGGAGGUUGAGAAGGAUACAGAGGCUAUUAGGGAUAAACACAGUCUUGCGAUUACUUUACUCCCAGAGACGAAUGAAGAUAUACGACUUGCAAAGUUGGUGGAUUUCUCAGAUGGGCAGUAUAUGAAAGCGGUCGAUGAAGCUCACUCACGACCACUAUUUGGAGAGGCGGAGAAAAUAGUCGAAAAAUCGAUAAGACGGGAUGGCAAGCCGAUGUUGAAAAAGGACAUUGCGAUGAAGCAGAGCAAGGAGCGGUUACAACGGGACCUAAGAAGAUCGACUAGGCAGAAGAUGGAUCCGUUUUUACAGGAUACAUUUGAUUCUUCAAGGAAAGAACAAGACGGUGCAGAAGUGGGAGUAUGGCUGAAACGAAAACGGUCACGACCUCUAAUGUCAAAUCAAGAUAAGUCCACGGCCGGGAAUGAGGAAGUGGUAAAAAACCAGGACGCCCCAGUCGGUGUGGUGCAAGAUGAUGUUAAAGGAUCCGGACUUGGGCUGGUAGAAUAUGGCUCAGAUUCUGACUCCUAA